AUGGUCCGCCCUCGGGCCAAGCUAGGGAAGACCCUCCGCCUCCCCGCCUCCUGUGAGGCGCGCGGAGCCACCGCCUCCGGGUCGGGUCGCAGGGGCGGGAGGCCGGGCGCGCACUCAGAGGCUGCCGCCGUCGUGCAAACCGUCGGCCUCCCGGGCCCCUGCCCCGCGGCAGCAUGGACUACCUGACCACAUUCACGGGGAAGAGCGGGCGCCUUCUGCGGGGCACUGCCAACCGCCUGUGGGGCUUCGGGGGUGGCGGCGAAGCCCGGCAGGUGCGCUUCGAGGAUUACCUGAGGGAGCCCGCCCAGGGGGACCCCGGGUGCGGGUCCCCGCCCCACCGGCCCCCGGCGCCGUCCAGCCCGGAGGGACCUGACACCGGCCAAAAGAAGACCUUAGACAAGAAAGAUGGGAGACGAAUGUCCUUUCAGAAACCUAAAGGAACUAUUGAGUAUACAGUUGAAUCAAGGGAUUCUUUGAAUAGUAUAGCCCUGAAAUUUGAUACAACGCCCAACGAACUUGUUCAAUUAAAUAAAUUAUUCUCCCGAGCAGUUGUUACUGGACAGGUUUUGUAUGUUCCUGAUCCUGAGUAUGUCUCUAGUGUCGAGAGCUCUCCAUCUCUAAGCCCUAUAAGUCCUCUGUCACCAACAUCUUCUGAGGCCGAAUUUGAUAAGGCCACUAAUCCUGAUGUAGUCCACCUGAAAGAAGCAACUCCCUUAUCUACUUUUACUGGUAUUCGACCUGCACGAGUUGUAUCUUCAACUUCUGAGGAGGAAGAAGCAUUUACUGAGAAAUUUCUUAAAAUUAAUUGCAAAUAUAUUACCAGUGGCAAGGGCACAGUCAGUGGUGUGCUGCUAGUAACACCAAAUAAUAUAAUGUUUGAUCCACAUAAAACUGACCCUUUGGUUCAAGAGAAUGGCUGUGAGGAAUAUGGCAUCAUGUGUCCAAUGGAAGAGGUGAUGUCAGCUGCAAUGUACAAAGAAAUUUUGGAUAGCAAAAUAAAGGAAUCCUUACCCAUAGAGAUAGAUCAGGUAUCAGGAAGGGACUUUUGCCACUUAAAGAAAAUGACGAGAAGUCAUACUGAUGAAAUAGACUCCAGAGCCCGCGAUGCAGGUAACGACAGUGCCAGCACGGCUCCGAGGAGCACCGAGGAGUCUCUUUCUGAGGAUGUGUUCACAGAAUCAGAACUCUCUCCUGUCCGGGAGGAGCUUGUCUCGUCAGAUGAACUUCGACAAGAUAAGUCAUCUGGUGCAUCAUCAGAAUCUGUGCAAACUGUCAGUCAGAGCGGCGUAGAAUGUUUAACAACCAUAUCAGAGUCUACUAAUACGCCUGAUCACUUAAAAUCUGAUCCUGGACAUUCUACAAAUGAAGUUGGGACUACUUCUCUUAAAACAGAUUUAGAUAAUCUUGAAAGGGCCACUAAGGAAGAUCAGGCUACAGAUAAUUUUCAGGAAAUAUCAGGCCCUAAAGAACAAAGCACAAGUAUAAAAGGUAAUACAGACCAGGAUUUUCUUCUGAAUGAGAAUUCACUACAUCAAGAAGAGGGUAAAAAAGAAAGUAUGCCUUGGGGGGAAGCAGCAGAUUAUAAACAAAAGCAAACUGUCAACAAAGGAAAACAAGGAAAGGAGCAAAAUCAGGACUCAGAGACAGAGGUAGAAGAGCUACGGAAACUCUGGAAAACUCAUACUAUGCAACAGACUAAACAGCAAAGGGAAAAUAUUCAACAGGUGUCACAAAAAGAAAUUAAGCAUAAAAUAGCAACUGCUGACAUAGAAGGUUCUGCACUUUUAAGAGAAAAGAGGCGGCAUCGAUUACAUAAGUUCUUAUGUCUCAGAGUUGGAAAACCAAUGAGGAAAACAUUUGUAUCUCAAGCAAGUGCAACAAUGCAACAGUAUGCACAGAGAGAUAAGAAACAUGAAUAUUGGUUUGCUGUGCCACAAGAAAGGACAGACCACUUGUAUGCCUUCUUCAUUCAGUGGAGUCCAGAAAUAUAUGCAGAAGAUACUGGUGAAUAUACCAGAGAACCUGGAUUUAUAGUAGUGAAAAAGAUUGAAGAAUCUGAACCAAAUGAGGAUUCUACUAAUGAAGCAGCAGCAGCCAGAGAAUGGGAGAUUACUACAAGAGAAGACCUAAAUUCAAAGCAGAUUGCUCCAUUGAAAGCAGACCUGGAGUCAGAAUCUUUUCGACCAAACCUAAGUGAUCCCAGUGAACUCUUACUGCCAGAUCAAAUUGAAAAGCUUACCAAGCAUCUUCCACCAAGAACAAUUGGCUAUCCAUGGACUCUUGUUUAUGGCACCGGGAAGCAUGGCACAAGCUUGAAGACCCUUUAUCGAACAAUGACAGGUUUAGACACCCCAGUGCUGAUGGUGAUUAAAGACAGUGAUGGGCAGGUUUUUGGUGCAUUAGCAUCUGAGCCAUUUAAAGUGAGUGAUGGCUUUUAUGGUACUGGAGAGACCUUUGUUUUUACCUUCUGUCCAGAGUUUGAGGUCUUUAAGUGGACAGGAGAUAAUAUGUUUUUUAUCAAAGGAGACAUGGAUUCACUAGCUUUUGGUGGUGGAGGGGGAGAAUUUGCCCUUUGGCUUGAUGGAGAUCUCUACCAUGGAAGAAGCCAUUCUUGUAAAACAUUUGGAAAUCAUACACUUUCUAAGAAGGAAGAUUUCUUUAUUCAAGACAUUGAAAUCUGGGCUUUUGAAUAAAUGUAAUGCUCUCUGUCUUAGCAGAAUAAUGGCCCAAACCUGACAUGGACAAGCAUUGUUUGGAAAGUUCAAGAAGCAAUACAAUGUAACAUGUCACUUGUGCUUUAAAAUUAAUCGUAUCACCAUUUUUUACAGUUAUAAUUUUGGACUUAUUUUUAAAAUCAUGUUUCUGUCCCAGGAUUUUUUAGGUUUAGACCAUGGUGUGGGUCCAUACAGUGUAACAGCUUGGGUUUUGUUAGAAUUUUGGCAGCAUUUUAAUCAGUGACCACCUCAUCUACAAUCCACGUUAUCUCAGUCUCCUAAUAGAAUGGUGCUCUUUUUUUGAACCUCUUUUGGUUUAUUACUUUUAAAACUAUAUUGAUUGUUUUACUAGAGCAGUCUAAUUGGGGCAUUGAGAGAAUGAAGACUAGAUAAUGCUGUGAGGCAUCUGGAGGUUGGCACAGGUGACUUGGACAAGCUCAACUUAGUCAUUCUUGUGAAGGAAAACACAUGCCAAAAUAAUGCAUAUUUCAUAAACCACUGAGUUCCAAUUUUAAUUCACACUACAACGUUCUCUUUAUUAAUUUUGCAGGUAUUCUCAAUUUCAUUUUAAUAAAAAUGAAAUUUGAAGAGAAUUCUGGUUGUAAUAGACCACAGUGCACAUGAUUUGCAGGUUUGGGCAUAUGGUUUCAUGGUUGGAUUAUCAGAUAAAGUUAUAAAAUACAAAGGAGAAUGAGAACUUGAUUCUACUGGACUUAAUAUAUCAAGCAAGAAAAUAUACUAUUUACAUAUUUGUAGCUUAGCAGGGCAUUAUCAUAAGUACAAAAACUAUGAAACAGAUGCAUAUUUCUUCAACAUAUUGUGUCAGAUAUACUGUUUUAUAGUUCUGUUGUUUUAGCCUUGUUGCACACCAACUCCCAAAAUAUAGGUUCCUGUUCAAAAGGAAAAAAAAAAUGUUUUUUUUUUGAGUGGUAUAUGUUACUACCAUUAGCAUUUGCUGUUAGAAAAGGGCAAUGAUUAUAGUAGACAAUAUUGUAACUCAGUAGACUUGUUGAAUAUGCAAACUUACUGUCAAGUGACCUCAAAAAAAAAAAAAAGACAAGAUAGAAUAUACUAGUAGUUCUUAUCCUCUUUUGUAGGAAACCAAUAAUAUGCCAUUGUGGCGGUCAUUCAUCAGUUAAUUUCAGAGCUUCAUGGUAUGCAAAAAAAAAAAAUCCUGCUGUUAUACAUGUGACAGUGACCUUGUGCUGAAAUUUCAGCUAUUCCAGAUAAACAUUGUAUAUUAUCUUGUAAAUUAAUGUUUAAAGGUAGUUUUGUUCUUAUUGUUGAUUGCCAGGUUGCUUAUAGCACUUUAAAUUAUUCUAAAAAGGAAAUUAUAAGCCAAAUAUGUUGGCUUUAGUAGUUUUAGUUGUAUAGGACUUGAAUAUAUUUAGAUCUUUAGAAAGUUUAGAUAAUUAUCUAAAGAAAGCAUAAUGCUAAUGGAAAACAAAAUCUGAUCUAUUUAAUAUGCUAUCGCUGAAUAUGAAUAGAAAUGUGGGCACCAUUUCCUUGUCUAUGUAAGGCUCUGUCAUUAUAAGUUAGUAACAGUAUAUAGAUUAAAUGUUUACAAUAUAGAGAAUUGUAAAUAAAUAUAUCAUUUUUUCCC